GUUUUUGGUCCCUCUUCUAGCUCCUUGCUGGGGGGGUUCCUUUUUCUUUAAUAUAUUUGUCGUUUCCAAAAAAAAACACGUGAUCGCCUAAUUUCUUCACUCAAAAUCUAACAUUAUUUUUGUGGAUUUAGGGAUUGAGAUCGAUUGAUUUUGAUUUUUUAUUGUGAUUUCGAUUCUGAUCUGUAAUCAUGGGAGAGGAAGUGAGAAUCACCGACUACGAUGUCGGCGGGGAGGAUGACGAUCGAGUUUUGGAGUGGGAGGCUGGGUUGCCUAACGCUGAUGAUUUGAUGCCGUUGUCACAGUCUCUGGUACCGGUGGAACUGGCAUCGGCGUUCAGCAUCACGCCGGAGCCUCAACGGAGUAUGAUUGACGUCAACCGCGCUUCUCAAAACACACUAUCAAAUCUCCGAGGGCAGACGGUGAAACAGACAUUGAAUAAAUUCAAUGGUUUUAAGUCGUUUGGUGAUGAUAAAGGAGAUGAGAUGGUUGCGGAAGGCGAUGAAACGGCUGAUCUAACUGGAGAUUGUUCAGAUUCGAGGAAAUUGAGGAGAGUCGAUAGUGGUGGUACCGGUGCGAUUGGUGGAGCUGGAGAGGAAGCUGACUCGGCUUUGCGAGCCGAUGAUUCCUCGGCGAGGACAUCGAAGCGACCUCGUUUGGUCUGGACGCCGCAAUUGCAUAAGCGAUUUGUCGAUGUCGUUGCGCAUCUAGGUGUUAAGAACGCGGUUCCUAAAACGAUCAUGCAAUUGAUGAAUGUUGAAGGAUUGACCAGAGAGAACGUCGCUAGUCAUCUUCAGAAGUACAGGCUUUAUCUGAAACGGAUGCAGGGGUUAUCUAACGAAGGGCCUUCGUCUUCAGAUCACUUGUUCGCUUCAACUCCUGUUCCUCAGAGUUUACACGAGUCCAGUGGUGGUGGGAAUGGGAAUAGUCACGCUCCAGUGCCGAUUCCAAUGCCAUACCCACCGCAGAUGGUGCCCAUGCCUUAUCCACCGCCGCAGAUGGUCUCCCAUCCGGGUGGAGCCGGUGGUGGUGCUUAUCAUCAUGGGUUUGACUCACAUUCUCAUCCAUAUAAUAUGAUGAUGCAGCAAAGGGACUGGUCUGGGAGUAAAUUUGCUUCAGUUUCACCUUAUCAGCACCGUAUGACUCCCAAUGACAAAUAGAGGUUCUAUACCGUUAGUUGGAUAUUCAAGCAAAAAGAGAGGUAUGUAUGGUUACCAGGGCAUGGCUGACCAACUUCUUUGCAGCCCCUCAAAAUCUAUACUGGCAUCAUCAUCAACUUCAAGUUUGAACUGUUGAGGUGUUACAAACUGCUUUGAUGAUGCACUCCUCUGAAUACAAGAGUUGACCUUCAAUGGUUUCAAAAUUCCAACUGCGAAUUUAAAUGUAGCAUUAAUGAUUUGUCAACAAGGUAAUUGAAUUUGCAUAUAGGAUGGAAGCAAAAUAAAGUAGAUGGCAACAAUAGUUUUUCCAUAUCCAUUUAAUUACUUCCAAGUAUUACAUGGAAUAGAGGCUUCAAUUGGUUCUUGCUUUUUAUGGACCCUUGUCUCCAUAUUUGUCUUUUGAGAAAUAAAAUAGAGAUUCAGUAUUUCA